AUGUCCUGCGCCUGUCCCAAGGAAGAGCUCGAGGAUUCUCAAAAUCGGCUCUUCCACCGCAUCGAAGGCCUGCUGGUGCAGCAGUGGGAUGCCUUUGAGGCGCAGCUGGAGAGACUCAGAACGGCCUUGGAGGUGCCCCAUGAUAUGCCAGCACCCGGGUGGAGGCUCGAGGAGACACGGAUCACAUCUCGGCCCGCGGCCAACUCCAAAGGCUCUGAGAUCCCUCCAUUCGAGAGGCAUGAAAGGCCAAGGAAUGUUGCGUUAGAAGAGAGGCCAAGGCCUCUGGGUGAGAGGUCAAGGAUCCCUCAGUUCGAGUCUGAAGCCAGCAGUAUGAGUGCCCUGACCGCGAGCAGCGGCGUCCAGAGCGCUUCCCUGCAGAGUGCCGGCAUGCACAGCGCCAGCGACGUCCACACCAGCGACAUCCAUGCCAGCGAACAAAGCGGUGCGGCAAGCGAUGCCAACGAAAGUGCUAUCAGCGGCGCCAGCAUUGUCAAGCACAGAGAUGGAAAAGCAUUGCAGUCUAAAACAAGAAGCAGAGACCUGCAGAAAUUGCAGGACCAGCUGACAGUGGCUUCGCUGAGACGGGUCUCCACCCGUAUUGGGCGAAUAAGCAUAAGCCGAAUUGAGGAUGGUGAGGCUUUGAAACUGGCGCUCGCAGAGGGUCAAAUAGACGAGGAGAUCCGAAAGGAGAAGCAAAGGAGAACCAGUCUGCGAGCAAACGCAGCUCUCCAUCGGCAGAGCUCGUCGAGCCAAAGGCAAAGCGGGUUGAGCAGGCUCCAACGGCAAAGCUCAUCGAGCAGGCCAUCAAGAGCCGGAGAGGUGCAAAGAGCAAAGAGCCGCAAGCGGACGAUUUUUGCCUCAAUGGACGAUGAGUCAGAGAAGAUGCGAGAGAAUGCUCGCCGCCUCGCAGAGAAGCGCGCUGGAGAAUUCACAUCAGAAGGCCAGACUGCACCCCCUGGCACGGUCGAGAAGAUGCGUUUCAAUCUGCGCCGCUUCGUUAGCUCCAUGGCCUUUGAGGCAUUUGCUGGUUGCAUCAUCACCUCGAACGCGGUGAUCAUCGGCAUGGAGGUCGAGUACUGCGCGACUUCUCAAACGGUCCAGUCACCCGCUUGGUUUCAGACCCUGCAUCUUUUGUACGCCAUAGUGUUUGCAUUGGAGCUGGGCUUGAGAAUGGUUGCCUACGGCUGUGAUCUCUAUUCUGACAGCGAGAUGUUUAGAUGGGCAUGUCUUGACUCCUUCAUCGUUGUGUCCUCCUUUGUUGACCUCUGCCUGAGCUGGAGCAUGCGCGCAACGGACGAGAAUCCAUCGAGCCUCACAUCGUCUGGCUUGUCAGCAAUCCGGGUGAUGCGGGUGCUGCGCAUUAGCAGGCUGAUACGGGUUUCUCGACUGGCCAAGCUCAUGCUGUGGCUGAAGGCAUUGCGAACACUGAUCCAUUCCAUCUUUGUGACCUUGAAAUCCCUGAUUUGGGCCUUGGUCCUGUUGGCGCUGAUCAUGUACGUCUUUGCCAUCAUCUUGGCGCAGGCUGCCAUCGAGCGGCUGGUCCUGAUCAAGGACCUUCCUGGCGACCAGUGGGAUGCCCAAGACACGACCCUGAAGUUAUUCUGGGGCUCCCUUGGAGACUCCGUGUCAACUCUCUUCAUGUCGAUCACCGGGGGUAUCUCCUGGCAGGUGGCUGAGCUCCCUCUGACGCAGCUGUCCGUAGUCGUCUUUUUUCUGUACAUGGCUUUUGUGAUGUUCGCGGUUUUAAACGUCAUGACCGGUGUUUUUUGCCAGUCUGCUAUUGAAAGUGCUGCCCGUGACCACGACAUGGUAAUGCAAAAUGUCGUGCAGGACAAAGAUGCACACAUGCGAAAAUUCCGGCUCCUUUUCCAGAUGCUGGACUUGGAUGACACAGGCUACAUCACAAUCAAUGAACUGGAAGAACGAAUGGAGGCCAGAUCGUGCGUCACUUGCUCUGGGUGGUUUUGGACUGACGAGGAUGUAAAAGUGAAGACUUACUUCGAAGCCUUGGAGCUGAACAUCGAUGAUGCCUUGCUCUCAUGUUUGCGCAGCUUCCUGGCCUCAUUCAUGCAGGCAGGCUCUGAGUAUCAGGGAGCUUCGUGCAUCAAUGGCAUGGCAGAGACGGUGCAGUACAUCAACUCCUACUGCCGCAUGGCUGGCAUAGUCAAGAUAUGUGAUGACACGGUGGAUGGGAGCCUUCGCUGCGACGUGGACCCGCACAAGGGUCGCGUCCUCCUGGCCUGCUGGAACUUCUCGUGUGGCGAUAGGCUCUUCUCUGAAGCCCCACUGCACCUGGUGGCAGAAGCUCCCAAGGAUCCCGGCUUCGUCCGCCUGAAGCGGCUGGCGAAGCGCCGCGGCUUUGUGCACGCGCCGCUGUGGUACUGGGCCGCCUUGUCCUCCCUCUCAGGAGAAGACUGCCAGGGGUGCAACACAAAGUUGCAGCACAUCACACCUGAGCAGCAGCAGCGGCUCCUGAUGCUUUUCCACCCAGAGCCGCAGGCUCCUUCCGAGGACUCCUUGGCCAUUGUCGAGGAGUUCUUUCCAGGUGGACAGCUGGCACUGAAACUGGAGCGGCUCCUGGCGGUGUGGCUGCUGAACUGCUUCGAGCACAGCGAGGAGCCUGUGGGUUUCAGCACGUUCUUCCUGCCGGCCUUUGUGUCUCACGACUGCCGACCCAACUGCAUGUGGCACUACGAGGGCGACUCGUUCAUCAUGCGCGCCAGGCGCGAUAUCACAGCAGGGGAGGAGAUCACAGUGUCCUACUUGGCUGAGGAGUCAUUGCUGGAGUCCAUUGCCAGCCGCAGAAGUCAGCUUGAGGCCACGAAGCAUUUCCUUUGCAACUGCCGUACCUGUUCCAUGACCUUGGACCCCGUGCGUGGGUUCCGCUGCCUAGGCUGCGGUGAAGGGGAGAUUUUCUUCGAGGAGGGCGCCAGGCCUGCGGCCUUGGGCGCCUGCCGGCGCUGUGGAUUCAUGGCCACGCCUAGCCAGGCACAGCAGCUGGCGGCGCAGGAGAUGCGAGUGGAGGAGUAUGUGCAGGAAUGGGACCGUAAAGAUGGCGCUGGUGCCUUCCUCAAUGAGGACAAUGCCAAGCGCUUGGAAUCCAACAUGGCGCAGCUCUUCUCCAAGAAGCACUGGCUUCGUGACCGCGUUGCGAGGCACUUGUUGGCCUACUACGAGGCUGCCGGCGAGGCGGCGGAGGCGUUGAUCUUGGCCAAGCGCUGCGUGGACUUCGCAGCAGAGGUGUACCCGGGCUUCAGUGCUCUACACGCAUGGUCCCUGGAGACUCAGGGAGACCUGGAACUGCGCCUGGCUGGCUUUCUGGUGGGUCCCGACACCUUGGAGGGCCCUCAAGGCCUUUCCCAGGAUGCGCGGGACAGAGCCCAGCAAGUGGGGCCCAUUUACGACACGGCUACGAAGGCAUUGGAAGCCCUCUUUGGGGCAGACCACGAGUUUGUGGCGCCAACCCAAGCGCAAUUUCUGCUCAGGGACCGGAAGUCUGGGAUCCGUUGA